GAUAAAUCUCCCCCUACGUCCCUGUCACUCAGCCCCGCUGUACAACGCGCGCACACUUCUACCAACAUAUAUACAACAUACAGCCAAAGAUCAGCAAAUGCUCAUUCAUCGGCUGAUCAGGUAGACGGAUCAAUCCUCAGCAAUAGGGCACACGUGUGUAAUAGGAAUUGAAAGUGAAAGUCAGCGGAGCGAGUCAGCUUGUUACUUCCUGUUCUCGGUGGAGACAAUGGCUGCCAGUCAUCAGGACCUCAUCCUCUCCACUCUCCAGGAACUCGGAAAGGAAAGUUUUAAAAGAUUUAAAGUCUUCCUGAGAGAUAAGGAACUAUUAGAAAGUCUCGGAUAUAGUCCUGUCUCUCUAGUACAUCUGGAGGAUAAAGACUGUGUGGAUGUGGCAGAACGUCUCAUCAGUCAUUACACCAGGGAUGGAGCCCUGAGGGUCACCGGCAUAAUCCUGGAGAAGAUCAACGAAAAGCAGCUGGCGGAACAUCUCCGGACCUGUAGUUAUGCAAAUCCACUUACAAAUACAAUCAAUAUCCUGGCAAGCAGUCUGAACCGACUGUCCAAGGACCGCUUCGAAGCCUUCAUCAGGGAGCUCUGUCGGCUUAGGGCUCCUCGUGGAUACAAUCAGAUCCAGAGGGAACAUCUCAAAGGAAAAUCUCCAAUGAAAGUGUCUGAAAUCAUCAUAAAUUCCUACACAAAAAGACUCGGGCCUGCGAAAGUCAAGCAAGCUCUGGGGAACAUCAAUGAAAAUCAGAUCCGGAUCGAUCUAGAGAAAGAGCUAAAAGCAAAUUUCAUGAGUAAAGCUUCUUGGACAAGUUGCGGAAAGAUCAGCGUUGCACACCAGAAGCCAAAUGUUGGAGCAUUAAAAAAUGUUACGACCUUGAAAACACCAACUGAGAAUGCACAACCCAUGGGUGGUCCUACAGGAUGUACACUAGGGAAAAGUCAACAACCUGGUGAAGAUAUAAAACCUGAAAUUGGGAGUCAUCCGAUAACUGCUGCUGGGAUAGGUGACGGAGAAGACAGAUCAGCUGACCAAAAGCAGAUUGUUGGAACAGGACCAAGAACUAAGACCUUGAAAAAGCCAAAUGUGAACGCACAACCCAAGGGAAGUCCUGCAGGACAUAAACCAAGAAAAAGCCGACGACCUGGUGAAGAUAUAAAAUCUGAAAUAGGGAGUAAUCCAACAACUGCGGCUGGGAUAGGUGACAGAGAAGACAAAUUAGCAGACCAAAAGCAGAAUGUUGGAACAGGAACAAGAACUAAGACCUUGAAAAAGCCAAAGGGACCAGGAGAAGAUAUAAAACCUAAAACAGGAAGUGAUCCAACUGGUCAACACCUACAUGAAGCAUUGGGUGCUCCUCAGACGGGCAGUGGAGAGAUCCAUGUAGUAGACCAGAAGAUGAAUGUCGGAGUAGGAGAAAGCUGGAAGACUAAUGUACAACCCCUGGAGGACUCUACAGGAUGUAAACCUGGAAAAAGCCAACUACUAGCUCCUGAGACUGGUGGUGGACAGGUCAAUGGAACGGACCAGAAAGCGAAUGUUGGAGCAAGAAAAAGUUCUAAACCCCCGAAAAAGCUGACUGGGAAAGCCCAACCCACGGGGGGUCCUACACGAUGUACAACAUGGAAAGGCCAACAACUGGGUGAAGAUAGAAAUCCUGAAAUAAGAAGAAAACCUAUAACGGAGCCUAAAAUCUCUGGUGGGGCCGCCGACUACGUACGUGGGAUGGAGGAGCUAAGUAUAGAAGACGUGAAACCGAAAAGACGAGAACACAAGACAAAAACAAAAGGAAACACCUAAAAAGUGGUUAAAGGGGUACUCCGCUGGCAAACUUUUUU